CACACACACACAGAGAAAAGAGAGAGAGAGAGAGAGAGAGAGAGAGAGAAAGAGGUCCAGCGGUCAAAGAAUUCAUCGUCUUCGUCGCUUGCACCGUCGCCAGCCGUACCCCUCCCUCCCAACGCCAGUCCGUCCAGCACGAAGGUCUCCCGAUCUCUUCAUUUUCUUUCUAUUAGGUUUUUUCUUGGAAUUGGAAUUCCCUCGCAAUAUAUAACAGAUCCUCUCGCAACUCGCAAAUGGCGGAAGAGAUUGAAACGAUGUCGUCGUCUCUCUCCGAAGACACUCCCUCGCAAUCUCAGGCUCCUGCUCCUGCUCCUGCAUUAUCCAGUUUUCCAGCUUUCUCAAAUGAGUACAAGGUGCAUGCUUACAACAGGAAUGGCAUUUGUUCUUUGGGUUUUAUGGAUGAUCAUUACCCGGUUCGGAGUGCUUUUUCUCUGCUCAACCAGGUGAAGGAAUGCACAUCAGCCUUGCUGCAUUUUGCGAAGAAGACUAACAUCCCUAUUCUUUUGUUAUCUGAGAGACAAAAUCAGGCAUUUGGAGGAGGGCCCCACUCAAUUAGGUAUGUCAUUCUCUCUCUCUCAUUCAUGGAAUUUGAUUCUUUCUUUGUUGUCGCUGUAGAUUCCAACUCUCCAAUACAAAAGCCUUUUUUUUUUGGUGGUUGUUGUUGGUUCGGAGAUAUUAAUGUAGGAUUUAUGCCAUCUGAAUUCUGUUUGUGUUGAGAACUAUGCAAUCAGAUCUCUAGAAAAUAGUUUUAGGAUUUUUUAUUAUUAUUAUUGUUUUUCCAUUUGAGAUCAAAUCAUUAAUCACGGUCCUUUAGGAUUUUCAUUUUAGUUGUUGUUGUUGUUUUUUUUUUUUUUUUUGUGUGUGGUGAUUUAUGUUUUGCCAAGGCUCCAAUGAAGAGAAACCAUUGGUGGUAAUUCACUAGAAUGUUUUACAUUUAAAACAUAAAGAAAAACCAUGUGGAGAAAAAAAAAAUACAAACUUGACUUAAAAAAAAAGGCGACUCUGGCUUUUGGUAUUAUUAUUAGUGGCUUUUCAAAGCACCUUUUCUUGUAUAAUAAUUGGCUGCUCUUCUCUCUUAACUGAUAUGGACAGAUGGUGCUGGUGGUAAGGGCAUAUGGAAAAACUCCUUGACACUGAUGGGUGUUGUUCAUUAUGGAUAUGAGAUGUCUAACAUGCUUCUUAAAAACAAGAAGAGAAAAAAAGGGGGGAAGUAAAAAAGAAAAAAAAAUGGUAUAUGGGGUGUUUAACAUGGAAGUUAGUCUUAUUUUGUUGGAUUAUUGGUAGUGGCCGUCUGCUAUGUAUAUGUUAAGCCACAACCACAAGAGUAUGGAGUAGUUCUUAUUUUUGUUUCCCUUUUGAUUGGUCUUUAUCCACCCCCCUCCCCCUUUUUUUUCUCUCCUUUUGAUUAUCACUAGUGGUAUACCACAUCUUUUUUUUUGUUAAUUUUAUUAUGAUGGAUAUAGACAAUGUUAUAUAGUUAAUAUAAUGUUGUGUGCAAAGAAACAUAUCUUUUCUUUUGUUAUGUAUUUGAUAAUAUAUUUAUAUGUUAAUAUUACGUUAGUUUGGA